AUGCAUGACAAUGAAUACGUGAAUGAGCUCAUUGAGGUUCUGAAGCUUCUUGGCACAAAUAAAGAACAGGCUGUCGACCACUACUCAAGAAGAGUGUUUAUAUUCAUCAAGAACAUCUCUAUACAGGAGCUGGAUGCCAUUGUAUGCCAAGAUGAGCUUGAGCAGAUGGCUGUAUAUCCAAUCAUCCUCGGUGUACUUUUCAAGAAUGGAGAUGUGUGCAGGAUCAGCAGGAUCAUUGAUGAGGAGCUGCUUCCGUGCCUGAUUGGAAACAAAAGGGUGCAUGAUUAUUUUGUUGGAUUGAUAGUGAAGUUUUUCUAUCUUGCAAGGAAGAGUCAAGGCAUGGACUGUUCGGCACUGUUCAGUCUUCUUGUAACAAACAGGGAGCUUGGAAACGAGCACACAGUGUCUGUGAUCACGAACUGUCUAUUGGAUAUGCUUGUAAGCAACAAGAUAUUCCAGAGGAUUCAGAGUAAGGUUUGCACAGCAUCUGAACAAGCAAGAUACAGCUAUUACACAGGGAUUAUAUCGAUGGUUGAGGGAAUGUAUGAUGAGGCACUGAGGAAUUUUCAUACAAGUGUGGUGUUGUCAUCUAGCAAAGGGCUUGUGGAUGCAGCUGAGAAGCGCAUUAUUCUGUGCAUGCUACUGAAUAGCAAUUAUAGCAUACCAUACAAAUAUAAGCGUGGGCAUAAAGCAUAUUUUGAGCUUGUAUCUGCAGUUAAGAGAGCGGAUCUGAAGACGUUUGAGGAAGUGCUUGAGAGGAAUAAGCAAGAGUAUGUUACACAAGGCGUGUACUUUGUUGCAAGGAGACUGAUGCAGAAUGUGAUACAAGAGGGAAUCAGGAAGAUAAGUAUUGUGUACUCGAGGAUCUCUUGUAAUGACAUAGCAUGUCUACUGGGUAUAGAUGCUGAAGAAGUUGAGUAUGUGGUGAAGAGAACAAUGAGAAAAGGAUUAGUGAGAGGACAGGUUGUGGAUGGAGUGUUCUACUCUAUGAAGGAGACAAAAAAUAGAUGUGAUAUAGGAAUCGGCAUACAAGAUUGUGUGCAUCUUACAAGAUACAUCCAGGAACACAUGAGAUACCCUGCAAUCGAGCCUUUGUGCUAUGAAAAGAUCAAGAAGGCGGGAAUGUCGGAAUAA